AUGGAUAACGACACCAGCAUGGGCGAAGUCCCCGCCUCCCGUCUGCUGGACCCUCAGAUCUUCGAGCAUCUCAAAAACAAGAUUGAUGAGGACCAGCAAGUUCGUGAUCAGAUGAGCCAGACGAUCCAGAAGUUGGACAGGGCCAUCUCCUACGUUCAGGGCCUUCUUUCUCGAGUCCACGCCACUCCGCGUGAGCAGUAUGGCUCUUUGUUGACGGACGUACAGGCCGGCAUCCAGAAGGAGGUUGAGGUCAUUGGUGAGCUGCAGGAGAUCGCCUCCAAGCACCCCUACUACAAGUACAACCAGAAGUGGAAUCGCCAGGUUCAGAACGCCAUUUUCACCGUCCUGUUGUGCGGUUGGCUCGGUGGCCUUACCUCUGACGGUCAGCCUGGUCCAGUCGCUCGUCUGCUGACUCUUGAGGAGGUUGGUGAGAUCUUCAAGGUGCCCGUCAACCUUAAGGACCGUGACGCCUUCCACCUGACCAUCGAGGAGUAUCUCCUUGCCCUCACCGACCUGACUCAAGAACUCUCACGUCUCGCCACCAACGCCGUCACCUUGGGUGACUUUUCCAUGCCCGUUGAAAUUAGCAGCUUUGUCAAGGAUCUGUUCGCCGGAUUCCAGCUCCUCAACCUCAAAAACGACAUUCUUAGGAAGCGUGUGGAUGCAGUGAAGUACGACGUCAAGCGAGUUGAGGAUGUUGUCUACGAUCUUUCACUUAGGAGUUUGAUCCCGAAGAAGGAAAGUUCUGCUGGAGAGUCAGCGUCCGAUGCGAAGCCCUAA